AUGGCCUCAGAAAUCUACAUGACAGGCCCAGUGUGCCUCAUCGAGAACUCCAGUGAGCAGUUGGUGGUCAACCAGGAAGCACUGGACAUCCUGUCUGCCAUCCACAAUCCUGUGGUUGUGGUUGCAAUAGUGGGCUUCUACCGCACAGGCAAAUCCUAUCUGAUGAAUAAGCUGGCUAGAAAGCAGAAGGAUUUCUCCCUGGGUUUCACUGUGCCGUCUCACACCAAGGGCAUCUGGAUGUGGUGUGUGCCUCAUCCCCAGAAGCCAGAACAAACCCUGGUUCUGCUUGACACCGAGGGCCUGAAAGACAUAGAGAAGGGUGACAACCAGAACAACUGCUGUAUCUUUGCCUUGGCAGUCCUCCUCAGCAGCACCAUCAUCUACAACAGCAUAGGAACCAUCAACCAGCAGGCCAUGGACCAGCUGCAUUAUCUGACAGAGCUGACUGAUCUAAUAAAAUCAAAGUCAUCCCCUGAUCAGAGUGAUGGAGACAACUCAGCUAACUGCGUGGGCUUUUUUCCUAUCUUUGUGUGGACUCUGAGGGAUUUCUGCCUGGAUCUGGAAGUUAAUGGAAAAUCCAUCACUCCUGAUGAAUACCUGGAGGGUUCACUGGCUCUGAGAAAAGGAAGUGAUGAGAACACUAAAAAGUUUAAUAUGCCUCGACUGUGUAUCAGGAAGUUCUUCCCAAAGAGGAAGUGCUUCAUCUUUGACAGGCCCGGAGACAGGAAGCAACUUUCCAAACUAGAGUCAAUACGGGAGGAGCAGCUGAAUAAAGAAUUUGUAGAACAAGUUGCAGAAUUCACCUCCUACAUCUUCAGCAAUUCUGGUGUCAAGACUCUGACUGGUGGCAUCACAGUCAAUGGGCCACGUCUAAAAGGCCUGGUGCAGACCUAUGUCAGUGCCAUCUGCAGUGCUGAUCUCCCCUGCAAGGAGAGUGCUGUGCUGACUUUGGCCCAAAUAAAGAACACAACAUCAGUGAAAAGGGCCAUCACCUACUAUGAAGAACAGAUGAAUCAAAAGAUCCAGAUGCCCACAGAAACCCUCCAGGAGCUGUUGGACCUGCACAGGACCUGUGAGAGGGAGGCCAUUGAGGUCUUCAUGAAAAAUUCUUUCAAGGAUGUAGACCAAAAGUUCCAGGAAAAAUUAGGGACCCAGCUGGAAGCCAAAAGAGAUGCCUUUGUUAAGAAGAACAUGGACGUGUCAUCUGCUCAUUGCUCAGACUUACUGGAGGGUCUCUUUGGUCAUCUGGAAGAAGAAGUGAAGCAGGGGACAUUUUAUAAACCAGGAGGUUACUACCUUUUUCUUCAAAGGAAACAAGAGCUGGAGAAAAAGUAUAACCAGACUCCUGGGAAGGGACUCCAGCUAGAUGAAUGGAGUCACCUGUUACUAAAAUUGAACUUUUGAAAAUACUUUGAGUCCAAGGAGGAUUUGGCUGAUACAGUUCUAAAGAUGGACCACUCACUCACAGAACAGGAAAAGAGGACUGAAGUGGAACGUAUAAAAGCAGAAGCCGCAGAAGCAGCAAACAGAGCAUUGGAGGAAAUGCAGAAGAAGCAUGAGCUGCUGAUGGAACAGAAGGAACAGGGUUAUCAAGAGCACAUGAAACAUCUGACUGAGAAGAUGGAACAGGAACGGAAAGAGUUAAUGGCAGAGCAACAAAGAAUCAUAUCCCUUAAACUUCAGGUCCAAAAAGAAUUGCUGAUUGAAGGAUUCAAAAAGAAAUCUGAUAUGUUAAAGAAUGAAAUAAGUCAGCUGAGAGAAGGGAUGGAAAGAACAAGAAGGAAACCCUCACUAUUUGCUCACAUCCUUGACACAGUUGGCAAUGCGUUCAUUAUGAUUUUACCAGGAGCUGGGAAACUAUGUGGUGUGGGGCUGAAAGUCCUCAGCUCACUUAUGAAGUAGUCUGAAGAGUUUCUGGGAAGGAAUUUAUAAAAAACCAGGCUUCUGUUAAUUUGAUACCAAACUCUUUGCCUUGAUUUUUAAAUACAUGUUCUAGUUUAAUAACUAGGGUUAUGAAGCGGGUCAGAAGGACCAUUAGUAGCUAAAUCAGCAGAUACUUCUUAAUUAGAGCUGAAUUCUGUGUCAGUUCAUCAUCAGUUAUAUUCAAGUUUAAAUAUACAAAGCAAUGAUUAAAGAACAUAAAGGUCUGGCUUCCAUAAAUCCCAUCAAAUUUCAGUGACAUAAUGUAAAUAAUAAAGUGGGAAACCUGUCAGAAUACAGUGAAUUUGUUUCUAGAAAAGAUGUAAGUAAAUCAA